GCCACGGCCAUGGCGGGCACCAUGGCGGGCAGCAUGGCGCGGGCAGCGCUGCGGCGUGGUGCGCUCGGCCACCGCCUGGCGCGGCCGCCGGCGCUCGGCGGGAGGGCGGCGGCGGCGGGCUGGAGCGGCCCGGCGGCCGGAGGAGCGGUGCAGUACUGCGCCGAGCUGGUGCGGAAGCGUGACUAUGAAGGGUUUCUGUGUUCUCUGCUGCUGCCUGUGGAAUCUCGAACCUCUGCUUUUGCCUUGAGAGCCUUCAAUGUGGAACUGGCUCAGAUUAAAGACUCCAUAACUCAGAAGACGACAGGUUUGAUGCGGAUGCAGUUCUGGAGGGACGCUGUGGAGGACAUUUACAGCGAUAACCCACCACAUCAGCCCGUUGCUACAGAACUGUGGAGGGCUGUCAAGAGGCAUAACUUGACUAAAAUGUGGUUCAUGAAGAUCAUAGAUGAAAGAGUGAAGAAUUUGGAUGAUCGGCCAUACCGUAACAUCCAGGAGCUGGAAACAUAUGCUGAGAACACUCAGAGUGCUCUCUUGUACCUCAUCUUGGAAACACUGGGUGUGAGGGACAUCCAUGCUGACCAUGCAGCCAGUCACAUUGGGAAAGCACAAGGCAUAGUUACCUGUUUAAGAGCAACUCCAUAUCAUUGUACAAGACAAAAGGUCUUUCUUCCCAUGGACAUUUGUAUGUUGCAUGGAGUUUCACAAGAGGAUUUCAUAAGAGGCAAGCAAGAGAAAAACGUGAGAGAUGUAAUUUAUGACAUCACCAGCCAGGCCCAUAUUCAUCUAGAACAUGCUAGAUCUUUCAGUAAGAAAGUUCCUGUGAAGGCGUAUCCUGCUUUUUUCUGUACGGUUGCUUUAGAUGAUUAUUUAUAUAACAUGCGGAAAGUGGACUUCAAUAUAUUUCAUCCAAGCUUACAAAAGAAGAGUACAUUAUUACCAUUGUAUUUGUAUAUUAGAUCUUGGAAAAAAACAUAUUAAAGUUUGGUUGGUUAUUUUA